GGCCCGCAAGCCCCGCCCCGACCUCUGCGCCCGCUUGCGAGCCCUUGCCAAUUCUCGGGGCGGGGACUGCGUGGGGAGGCGCGCGCUGGUGCGUGCGUGCUCCAGCGCCGCGGGCGGGCCAGUGAAGCCGGCGGCCCUGGCACGUGAUCCGGGAUCGGCGUGGUAGCUUGGUGGCUCCGUCUGUCUGUCCGUCCGCGGGUGCCAUCAUGGCGGACGCGGCCAGUCAGGUGCUCCUGGGCUCCGGUCUCACCAUCCUGUCCCAGCCGCUCAUGUACGUGAAGGUGCUCAUCCAGGUGGGAUAUGAGCCUCUUCCUCCAACAAUAGGACGAAAUAUUUUUGGGCGGCAAGUUUGUCAGCUUCCAGGUCUCUUUUGUUAUGCUCAGCACAUUGCGAGCAUCGAUGGGAAGCGUGGAUUGUUCACAGGCUUAACUCCAAGACUGUGUUCAGGGGUCCUUGGAACUGUGGUCCAUGGUAAAGUUUUACAGCAUUACCAGGAGUGUGACAAGGCUGAGGAGUCAGGAUCUGGAAAUGUACAGAAAGAAGUUUCAUCUUCCUUUGACCGAGUUAUCAAGGAGACAACUCGGGAGAUGAUGGCCCGUUCUGCUGCUACUCUCAUCACACAUCCCUUCCAUGUGAUCACUCUGAGAUCUAUGGUACAAUUCAUUGGCAGAGAAUCCAAGUACUGUGGACUUUGUGACUCCAUAGCAACUAUCUAUCGGGAAGAGGGCAUCCUAGGAUUUUUUGCGGGUCUUAUUCCUCGCCUCCUAGGUGACAUCAUUUCUUUGUGGCUCUGUAACUCACUGGCCUACCUCGUCAAUACUUAUGCACUGGACAGUGGGGUUUCCACCAUGAAUGAAAUGAAGAGUUAUUCCCAAGCUGUCACAGGAUUUUUUGCCAGUAUGUUGACGUAUCCCUUUGUGCUUGUCUCUAAUCUUAUGGCUGUCAACAACUGUGGGCUUGCUGGUGGAUGCCCUCCCUACUCCCCAGUAUAUUCUUCUUGGAUAGAUUGCUGGUGCAUGCUACAAAAAGAGGGAAAUAUGAGCCGAGGAAAUAGCUUGUUUUUCCGGAAGGUCCCCUUUGGGAAGACUUAUUGUUGUGACCUGAGAAUGUUAAUUUGAAGAUGUGGGGCAGGGACAGUGACAUUUCUAUAGUCCCAGAUGCACAGAAUUAUGGGAGAGAAUGUUGAUUUCUAUACAGUGUGGCACGCUUUUUUAAUAAUCAUUUAAUCUUGGGAAAAUGGAGGUGUUUGGUGUCUGCCUUUUUCUGUUCUUUUUUCCAGCACAACAUAAUUUACCACCGAUAUUCCCCCUUUAGUUAUUCUGAAACAUUUUUACUCCAGAUUAUUUUACUUAAAGAAAGAAGUUGCUUUUACCUAAAGGUACAGGCAGGUUGUCAUGCAAUUUGAGUCUUAAUUUAAGGCUUUGUAAAAUGAAGAGUACAAUCCUGUGAAGAAAGAGAAAUAAUUCUGUGAAACUUAAGAAAGUUAAUAAGGCAAAUGAUAUGGGAGGUUAUAAGUUACCUUUUCUUUAGUAGACCUUAAAAACUCAGCAGCAUCCACCAGAAUCUGUCUCCCAGUAUAUUCUUCUAAGCACAUUUAAUUAACCCUGUCUCUCAUACUUCAAAGAAAGGACAAUACACUGCUAAUCUACCCUAGAAAAUCUCUGCAUGAGGCAUCCAUGCCUUCAGUCUAUUAUUGCAAAGCAAUAAAUUGUGUUGCCGCCAACAACAACAACAAAAGGACAAUUAGAGAGAAUAAGCAAGAUUUGGAAAGGAAGCAUAAUGGCUUUUAUUUUUCCAAAAGAAAUUCUUAUUAUCAUAUAAAAUAUGAAAAGCAAAUACUGCGGCAUUAGUCCCCUUCUCUAAGAGCUAAGUCUUUGCCAAUCCCUAAAUUACAUCAUUAUACAGUUCUAAUUGUAUAUAAUCUUUUGUGCGUCUGUUUUUUAUUUUGUUUGCUUUUUGUUGUUGCAGAAGGUGAGUAGUUUGUUUUUCAUUCCUAAUGACACACUUGGAAGGUAUACUUGUAACUUCACGUCUGGUAAUGCAGACGUAAGUCCACAAGAUUCUUAGGAUAUUGACCACCUCGCAUGUCAUACCCUCAGUUAGGCAUGGUAGCAUUCAUAGGAGGGGGAAAAAAUCAUUUUAGAAGGGAAUAAAUUUCCACUCAAGCAUAAAGAUCUUAUUUACUCAGGUCUUUUAAAAGCAGGUUAAAAUGCUCUAAAAUGAGAAAGCAUUUGGUUUCACUUACUUAAAUCCACUGGGUUGUUGCCAAGUGAAUAAGCACUGAAUUUGCUGUUUCUCAGAAGAAUUUGCUACUUCCCUAUCAAAGCUGCAGCACCCACACUAUUAGAGUGGGCGUGCAGGGUCUCCUCCCUCCCCCGGGGUUUAGGAAUGUAGCCUGAACCUCCUGAGUAGCUUACCUUGAAAUGUCUUUGAUGUCUCUUUGUCUCAAAAAGGAAUGUAAAUUUUAUAUUCUAUUCAAUAUUAUCUGCAUUUGUUUUAAUAUAAAAAUGUUUUGCAUUACCUACUUUUUUUCCCAAAAAAAAUCUUCAAGUAAAGAUGAUCUAGGAAAAUGUGC